AAUGCGGAAGAAAUUGCCAGUUUUGUUUCAGCUUUCGCGGGUGACGGACGUGAAUUUGUUUACUAAUAACAAAAUAAUAAUAAACGUCAAUUGUCACGUUUUGAUUAAUAAAAACAAACGUUUCACAGUUCAGUUUUUGCGAAGUCGACAAUUUGUAAUAUACCUAAAUUGGACUUUCAUAAUUUUUUUUUAUUUUGUUUUGGUGAUUGUCUAUUGUUUAUAUUAAGUGGUAUUAAUUGAGGUGAGAAAAUAAUAUGGUUGCGCGACCACGGUCGCCAUGCAGCGCUCUGCUGCCACAGUUCUACGCCGGGAGGGACAUCUUCAUCACUGGAGCCACUGGCUUCAUGGGCAAGGUGCUGAUAGAGAGGCUGCUGUCAACAUGUCCAGACGUCGGUCGCCUGCAUCUCCUAAUGAGACAGAAGAAGGGCGUCACUCCAGAGAAGCGCUUGCAGCAACUUAAACAAUCACAGGUAUUCGACGUGGUCCGUCAAAAACAUCCUUCGCAAUUAGACAAGCUAUGCAUGAUUCCGGGGGACGUUGCACACCCAGGUCUUGGCAUCGCUCCACAGGAUUUACGACAACUACAAGAGGUAUCCAUCGUAUUCCACUCCGCAGCGACGCUGAAGUUCGAUGAGGCAUUAUCGACGGCAGUGGAACAAAAUGUGUUGUCAGUCAUACGUCUUAUGGAUAUCUGUGAUACUCUUCCUAAUUUACAGGCUCUCAUCCACGUGUCCACAGCGUACAGCAAUCCAGAGCUCAGUGUAAUAGAAGAGAAGGUGUACCCUGCUCCAGCUUCCCUACCGCGUCUUCUUGCGAUGGUUGAGGCUGUGCCGUCACAACUUCUUGCCAAUAUCACGCCACAGUACAUAAAGCCGAAACCCAACACUUACACGUUCACAAAAGCGAUGGCGGAGGAAGCGGUGCGGAGUCGGGCCAAUAAGAACUACCCUGUCGCCAUCUUCAGACCAACCAUAGUGAUUUCGUCACUCCGCCACCCGUACCCCGGGUGGAUCGAGAACCUCAACGGCCCGAGUGGCGUUGUCGCCGCAGCCGGCAAGGGCCUCCUCCACGUGUUCUGCAGGAAGCCCAAUGCAAGAGCAGACCUCCUGCCGGUGGACAUCGCUAUCGAUACUCUACUGGCUGUCGCGUGGGAAACUGCGGUUGACAAGCUUCCAGAAGUCCGUGUCUACAACUGCAGCACUUACGAGAACCCGACAACAUGGCUGGAGUUCGAGUCCGCGCUCAAGCAGUACCUCCCUCUGAACCCAUUGGAUAACUGCCUUUGGUAUCCGAGUGGAUCGGGAGUCGAGAAUCGUUACGCACACAAAAUACUGCAGUUCUUUCUACAGACAUUCCCCCUUCACCUUGCGGAGUACAUUAUUCGGACAUUUGGAAUUAAAAUGAAACUUAGUCUAAUAAUAGCUGAACAGAAAAUGCGCGCUAUGGACGACGUUCUCGCCUUCUUCGCUCUACGAGAGUGGGAGUUCAAGACUGAGAAUGUGGCAAAGCUUAGGGAUAGGCUUUCUGCGAGUGAUGCUGCUAUAUACAAUUUGGAUCCCAAGACUAUUGAAUGGACUGAACAAUAUAAAAACUUCAUUAAAGGCACCAGAAAAUAUUUGCUGAAAGAAAAGGAUCAGGAUAUCGCAGAGGCAAAACGACACAUUAGCAGAAUGUACUUCUUACACAAAGGCAUGCAGUUCUUCGUGAUGGUUCUUCUCUUCAGGCUUAUGCUACAGAAUAAGUCUAUAAGAGAUGUAGUAUAUGGAACUCUGCGAUUGCUGUGGUCUCUAUUAUUCGCGACCUUCAGUCAUUUGAUAGGCAUUGAAUGAAACAGUAGGUAGGUAACAAAAAUGUAACAUAAUCGGUAUGAUUAUUAAUUUACCAGAAGACAAUAAGAUAUUUAUUAAAUUAUUUCUUUGUUCUGUAAAGGUGCGCCCAGAUCAUGUAAUCUGUUUAUAUUACAUAGAUCUAGUACUUAAGUUAAAAAAAACUUGUUGAAUAAAGGUGCAGACAUAAUAUGACAUUGUAGUGUUAUGGUGUGACUGUGACCACUGACCGCGAUAGUUCAUCAGUGUCAUAAUAUUACUUAUAUUACGAUUUAUAUGAAAACUAGGUACACUAUAGCUAGUCAGUCUUGACCAUAAUGACGCUUUGAUACGCUUGGAGAGCUCCGAUUGAUAGAUCGCUCGAUAUUGCGUUGCAGAUUGCAAUUUGCAACACACCACAACACAGUUUAAUAUGUAUACACCUUUUAAAGUCCACAUUGCUACCUGCCUGCUGAUAAAAAUGUUAUUAAAGCAAUAUUGACCAACAAUUUCUUAGGUAUUGGUUUGGAUGCAUCUUUAUGAAAUAUGUAGGUAGCUAGAUUCUGAUUUUAGAAUGCAAUGAAUAAAUAAUUUGUAGAAUUUUUCAAACAUGUACAAGUUCAUAGAACAGCUGCAACACUGACAUCACAAGUAAAAAAAUGAAUAAUUAGAUCGGAGAAAGUGCGCAUUUGAUUGUUAACUUUCAAAUUUUAUUUUACUGUGCAGGUACAAAAUAUUUUAGUAGAAUAGUAACUAGACUAUUGCUUAAAAUGUGAAUUAUGCAUAGUUAACUACUUAAGUUAUAAUAUUGUAAGCUAUUAUUGUACUUUAGCUUACUUACUUAAUUAAUAUCGGAAUUGGAAGCAAUGAUGGUAGCGGGUAGGUAGGUAAGUAUUUAAAUGUUACCUAUUUAAAAUGUAAAUAAUAAUUUUAUAAUUUAAGUAUAAUAUGAAAAUUACCAAUAGAAUUCUUAAUAAAAAGAAAUCCGUAUCAAUCAAAAUUA